AUUGACUCCCUUUCAAAAAGAGAAUUUCAUUUCAAUUUCACUGUCAAUCUUCUUGUCCUUUAUAUCACUUAAUGAAUUUUAGUUCUAAAUUAAUUAAUUAAAACCUCCGGAUUCUCACUCCAACUCUAUAUGUAAAGGAGGUCCUUCACGCAACCUCUCUGUACAUCAAAAAAUUCAAUCCACAUCAGUUGCAAUUUCAAUCUCCUCUGUAAAUUCUCCUCCCAUCGCCUUGAUUUUAACGCUUUCUAUUUUUUCCGAAUUGAUCUGCUUGCUUCUGAUUUCUUAUCCCUUUUGUUAGGUUUUAGGACUCAUUUAUGACCUUGAGGCUGAGGACGUAGUUAUUACUUGUUUAUUCAAGCCUCUAGUCCUUCAGCCUUUUAGAACUAUUGAUUUUUUAACUGUUUGUUACAUGCUUUGGAGCACUGCAUGAGUGUUUUCCUUGUGAUCAUAAAGUGUAAAGAUUUCAUAAUUUCAAUUGUAGCGCAUAGAGAUUCAGAAGGUUGCUGUAUUACGUCUGUGUAGAAUGCUUGUGUAACUUACAACAGUAUAUGCAAGAUGGCCGGUGUGAAACGAAGAAUUUAUACUGAUUCAGAUAUUCAUGCUCUUCACAAAGAAUUGGAUGAGGUCUCAUGUCCUAUCUGCAUGGACCAUCCGCAUAAUGCUGUUCUCCUCGUCUGCAGCUCACAUAAGAAGGGUUGCAGAUCUUUCAUUUGUGAUACAAGUUACCGGCAUUCAAAUUGUUUGGACCGGUUUAAAAAAUUAAGGGAGAGUUCUAGGAGCAGUGUGACUUUACCUCAUUCUUCACCUAUAAACUCGUAUAAUUCUAGUAGUACUUCUACUGUCAACUUGGCUUUGAGAGCGCACUUCUUUGAAAGUAGUGAAAGUCAGAUUCCUAAUGGAAGCAAUGACUCACCUGUUGGGUUUUCACAACAACCAGGGGAAAAUAAUAUUCAAAAUCUAGGUAGGAAUUUAGAAAUUCAAGAAGGUAAUCUGAAUCUGGAAAUGGGGGACUCUGAGUCCUUGCAUGAGAGGAUUGAACUUGAAGAGGUAGAUGUGGAUAAUUCAAUAGGAUCAAGUUUGAAUUUGGCAUGCCCCAUGUGCCGAGGAGCUAUACAAGGCUGGGAGGUUGUAGAAGAGGCCAGAAAAUAUCUUAACUUGAAGAAGCGAUCUUGUGCACGGGAAUCAUGCACCUUUGUAGGUAAUUAUCAGGAAUUGCGUCGACAUGCUCGGAGAGUUCACCCAACAACCCGACCCUCAGAUGUUGAUCCAUCUAGAGAACGAGCCUGGCGACGCCUUGUGCAUCAACGAGAAUAUGGUGAUAUUGUCAGUGCCAUUCGCUCAUCAAUGCCAGGUGCUGUUGUAGUUGGGGACUAUGUAAUUGAGAAUGGUGAGAGAUUAUCAGCUGAAAGAGAAAGUGGCACCGGUGAAGUUAGUGCGCCAUGGUGGACUACUUUCUUUUUGUUUCAGAUGAUUGGUUCAAUUGACAGUGCUGGUGAAUCGAGGGCUUGGACAGGACAUCGACGUUCUGCGGGAGCUUUAUCUGAGCGUCGCCGGUUUCUGUGGGGUGAGAAUCUUUUGGGUCUACAAGAUGAUGAGGAUGAAGAAGAAGAAGAGGAUGAUGAUGAUGACGACGACGACGACCUGCAUAUAUUGAGUGAUGUAGGUGAAGAUGCAUCUUCCAUCCCAAGAAGACGACGACGUUUGACACAGUCAAGGUCUGAUUAGCACCAGCCAUGAGUGAUGUCUAUUUCUGGUAAAUUCUGCUUCUUGACACGACUUUGAUAUCCACUGAAGUUGUAUUUUGGAUUGGUUUUUUACCAUCAGUGUUCCAGUAUUAUGCAGAAACUGCUCCCUUAAGGUGAGAAGCCUUAUGGUGAUGACAUAUUUUUCACAAACCAUCUGCUUGGAAUGAAGGUUAAGCAGGGUCUUUCAUACGAAGAUAUGUCGACUGGGAUUGUUCUUAACAGUAACGGUUUUCUACCUGCAUGGGAAAAGGAAAGAAUGCUGGAGCUUACUGGUUUACUGAAAUUUAUGUCCUUUGUAUCUACUGUCUUAUGAUUUCUGAUUUGGAAGUUGUAUUAUCAAUUUGGUUUAAUCAUAUUCCUGUCUUUCAUUUCCA